AUGCCGCUGAAGAAGGGAACCCAGGAGGUGGACACGGCGGAGCUGCACCGGCUGCCGUUGGAGUUUGGAGUGGUCAAGGCCAAGGGCGAGCUGACGGAGGGCGGUGGGUGGGGUGGAGGGCCCGCUGCGUGCGCCUUCGAUGGCCGUACGGACGCGACAAGCGGGCAGACGGCGUGGAUCGAUCCGACGGCCAAAAAGGGAGCAGGGAGCUGGAUCGUGUUUGCGCUCACGAAGAACCACGCGUGCGCGCUAACCGCCUACAGCCUCACCUCCGCGGGGGACCCCGACACCAACGAUCCGUGCGAGUGGGUCCUCGAGGCCAGCGAGGACGGCAAGUCCUGGGUGCAGGUCGACGCCCGCAAGGACGUCAAGUUCAAGGCCCGCUGGCAGACGCAGACCUUCAAGACGCGGUGGAACGUCGCGGCGCGGUCGUGGCGGCUGACGGUCAUCCGCACGCGCGGGGGGAAGCAGGGCACGGGGCUGCACCUCGGGGAGCUGGGGCUGUGGGUGGACAAGCCCGCGUGGAUGAUGCUUCAGGCCGCGGAAUCCACGAAGGCCCGCGCGGCAGCAACAGCAAAGACGCAGAAGGGUCUUGACGCGAAAUACAAGGCGAAACCAGUCGAGGACAAGGGUGGAGGCGUCAAGCAGAAGGCCGCGUGCGUGGCGUGCGGCGCGGCCGGCGUGUGCGGCGGCGCGCUGGCCUGCGACGCCUUUUGCGGCACCAACAUAUGCAGCUCCAUCUGCAAGUGUCUGAAGUGCUUCCGGUGCGUGCUUUGCUGCUAG